AUGUUGUCUCCUAUAGCGCUGCGUCGCAAAGCAUCUCCGCGGAAGCUUAACAAUCGGCUUGCGGUCGGCUAUGCCACAUGGGAUUUAGACUCGGCAGUAGGGACCGUAGAGUUUACUGAUAAAGCAGACGUGCGCUCUCGUUUUGUCUUUAUUAGCCUUAAAAGAGUAAAAGGUCCCGCGUUUCUGUUUCUCAGCUCUUUUCUUUGGAUCGUUAAUAGUCGCCCCAGUCCUUUUGUUUCGACAUUCAGUAAUCGUCCCAUGAUGGCGACUCAACGUACUGCGGAAUUGAGGCGCAUGCUGGCCCUCUCCUAUCCAUGGGUCAAGAAACCCUUCGUUGUUGGUGCACCCAUGCGCAUCCUGGCCGGCCCUCAAUUGGCUGUCGCCGUGUCUGCGGCCGGCGGCCUUGGGUUCAUGGGACCACAAGCCAAACCAGAUGGAGUGCUCGCCGAUCUCGACAAGGCAAGAGAACUGAUAGAGGCGUCGAAUCUGCGCCACCCCCUGCUCCCCAUUGGCGUGGGCUUUCAGGUAUGGAAUGGAGACUUGAAGGUUGCAACAAGCGCUGUUGAGAAGCAUAAACCAUGUGCUGUUUGGCUGUUUGCGCCCAAGAAUGGCCAGGCAGAGUUGGAUGAAUGGACCGUUUCUCUUCGAAAAGUUUCUCCUGAUACAAAGAUUUGGAUCCAGGUCGGCACGCUGAGUGACGCCAUUGCGGCUAUCAACAGCUCAGCGCCUCCAGACGUUCUCGUCGUUCAAGGCUCCGAAGCAGGCGGACAUGGAAUGGCAAAGGAGAGCACAGGAACCAUUGUUCUCUUUCCAGAAGUCGCCGAUGCCGUCAACGCUAGGAAAGAUCUCGGAAUACCUGUAGUUGCGGCGGGAGGCAUCAUCGACGGUCGAGGUGCAGCAGCCGCAUUUUCGCUAGGAGCCGCUGCCGUCGCCAUGGGCACUCGUUUCCUUGCUUCUUCAGAAGCACGCAUCGCAAAGGGAUACCAAGAUGAAGUUGUUCGAGCGUCUGAUGGCGCCAAAAACACUCUUCGCACCCACUUAUACAACCACCUGCGGGGCACUUUUGGCUGGCCUGAUAUAUUUGCCCCUCGAACUCUCAUCAACCGCAGCUGGAUUGACCACGAAGCUGGUGUUCCAUUUGAGAAGCUUCAAGUGCUACAUGACGAGGCUGCCAAGAGUGGCGACGCCGGAUGGGGCCCAGAGGGAAGGCUGGCAACGUAUGUUGGUGCAGGUGUAGGUCUUGUAAGAGACGUGAAAGACGCGAGUGCUAUUGUCGAAGAGGUAAGAAAUGAGUCGAGGGAUAUUCUCAAGGCUUUGAGCGAUGAUCAUUCAGAAUAAAGAUGUAGUUUAAUUUACAAAAAAAAAGUCUUAAACUUGAGACUUACAACCAGUAGGCGGAUAGAUAAACGAAAAGAUUCAGCAUUAUUACCCCUC